AUGCAGAAUCCCAACGACGCCGCAUAUCGGCCGGCCGACCAUUUGCGAAAGGGUGCCAUGGAGCACGCCUUGGCGAAAGCAGCAGCGAGGUCGGAAAAUAUUCUCGGCUCAUCUGAAUCGGAAUCCACGUCAAGCUCAGAGAGCGACAUCUUUGAUGACGAAGCGCGCAGGCACCCGAUUCCCAAGCGUGUCCUAUCAGCAGUCGAAGUGCCCAUGAUUGUCAUGAAUCUGGACCGGGCUGAAAAGGCGUUUGGAAGAAUCACCAGUUUCCAGAACGUGCUUGACUUGGAUCGCCUGAGCAUCCCCUUCUAUCUCAACCCGGAGAGUCCUUUCAGGAGACCUGUCAUGUCGCAUAACGCCGCUACACACAACGUUGUGCUCAAGAUCACUGUUCCCAAAAGGACAGGGAGGAAACGUAAGAAAGGCUCAAGCGGCCCCUUCGAGGGCGAGUCGAACGCGAUGGAGCCUGGGGCUGUGGAUGCACCCUCGUCCUACGUAUGCUCCAAGGCACGAGAAGAUAAUCCAAGAGUCUUACGGCGGAAGCUACAAGACAACAUCGACGACUAUCGUGUUGAGCCGGUUGGCCUUGUGAAGGGCACGCACCGAUUUCGAGGCCCAGCUGACUUUCAAUGGAACAUGGACGAGUCGCCUUUUAUCAAGAGAUUCCAAGAGGGCGUCAUGUCUGGCGACCUCAACAAGAUGCGAGAGUUCAAAUUCAACGAGGGAACAGACCUGGGUCCGAAUGUUGAGCUCAUCCCACCUCCACAAUGGGCUACAACCGCCCUGCCGUUCAAUUAUACGUACGAGCAGAAUCCAUACGUGCGUCCCGAGAUGGACCCUAGUGGCAAGCAAACACUGGUCAACACACAAAUGCCUGUCUUGGUCGGCUAUUUCCUCAGUGCCGACCAGUACCCCGUGCCAACGGGCCCGCAGUUCGAGUAUGAUGGCGGUGACCCUGAGGUCGAGAUGUGCAUCACUCUCUCCAAGGAGCUUAUGGAGGACAGGCCGAUAUGGACCCGAAGAUCGCUCCUGAACGCCCUCGGGACCAAGGUUCGUAACGCACACAUCGUCAAGCGCUGUGCGGGCUUUGCAGGAUAUCAGUUUCGGGGUGGGCCGUUCCGUGAUUCCAUCAUCAAGUACGGCGUCGAUCCUCGGUCUGAUCCAAGCUUCCGCAAAUACCAAACUGUCAUCUUCAAUUUACGCAAGCUGCAGCCGGGAUAUGCCGGCGAGACGUGGCAAGGCCUUCGCAGUAUCCGCACCGAAGCCCGACAGCAGAUGGGCGACAAUUUUAACAGCCACGUCUUUGACGGCAAAUCGUUUUGGUCCGAUGGCAAGAUCUGGCAGGUCUGUGACAUCACCGACCCAGUCAUUGCACGGAUCGUAAACGAGUCGCCCGUGCGACCCGAGUGUAGCAUCUUAACGAGCGGGUGGUUCCACGGAGCCACGUGGGCGAAACUUAAAGCUGUUAUGAAGACAAAGAUGAUGGCAGUUCAAUUUGGGCGCAAGUUCCCUGAUGAGGCGUUCGAUGCAGUGUUUGAGGUGCGGGACACCACGCCCCCGCCUAACUCGUCAGCCGUGCGGAUCCCUGUCCCUGAUCUGAAGCUCACAGACGACGAAAUGCGCGAGAUUUACGGUCGAAACUGGAAGCAACCCAAGAAAAAGAAGACGCACGGUUUUGACUAUCGCGUGCCUGGGCAGAACAAGCGCGGGCCGCGGCUCAAAAGCGUGGCAGAAGUCGAUGGCGAAGACGACGAGCCGCUCGAAGGAGGCAGCGGGCCGAAUAGAUACCAUUCCGCACAUGAGACGGCCCGCGCCCUAGCCAGCAGAGACGAGCAGACGUCAGAUCACAGCCAAGAUGAUCAUGUCAAAAUCGAUCCGAACCUGAGUGGCAUUUUGCAGGAGGACGGAGAACCAGACGAAGAUGAGGAAGAGGAAAGCAUCCUGGCGCAAUUGACAGGGUCGGCUGGCCAGAAUGAUGCGAGCAGAUCGCCGUAUGCCGACCGGAGCUUCUACGUUCCCAUGGAAGGCGAGGCCGAAGAGACGGGUAACGAGUAUGAUGACGAUGACGAUGAGGAGGAAGACGACGAAGAAGACGACGAUGACGAUUACGUGGCUUUCGGGGCUAAUCGCUUCGGCGGGCCAUCAAAACGACAAGCAGAUGCUCUCAGGGACACGGACGUUGAAAUGACAGCAGGGGGAUAUGACGAGGAUGAAGACGAGGACGAGGAUGUGGAAGGAGAGGAAGAGGCAGACGACGAUGAGGUCGAGGCUGAAGAGGUUACGGGAAGCGGCGUUGGACCCCGAGGGCCUGCCUUGUAA